GCCGAAUAGCUGUGCUUGUGUGCAGGAGAUGGAUGUGUGGAGGCUGCCAAUUUCAGCAUCUCAGAGAGGGAAGCUAAUAUCGGCGGGAUAUACUUCUCUCUCCUCUCUUACUUCCGUCACUUCCUCUCAACUUGCUCGAGCAGAAGCGAAAAUUUCAGAGAAUGAAGCAGUAAAUAUUCUGAAGAUUGCAUCGCAGGGUUCUGGCUCUGACUUGUCUCGUGGAAAUUGUUCUGUUAUAAAUGGGGCACAGAAUGCCUGGGACAUGCUUCAUGAGGAGGAAUUAUUAGCACGCAUCAGCACAUCCUGCUCAGAUCUAGAUAAUGUAUUGGGGGGUGGAAUAAAUUGUAGAGAAGUUACUGAAAUUGGUGGUGUACCGGGCAUUGGUAAAACACAGCUGGGGAUUCAACUUGCAGUCAAUGUUCAAAUCCCACAUAAUUUUGGUGGUCUUGGGGGAAAGGCAAUAUAUAUAGACACGGAGGGUAGCUUUAUGGUGGAACGUGCUAUACAAAUUGCUGAAGCCUCCAUUGAGGACAUGUCAGAAUAUAAUGAAUUUUUACAUAAGGAUCUUCGAGCAGGCCAAGUUAAAAUAAAACCGAAGGAUCUCCUGGAGAACAUAUUUUAUUUCCGUGUCUGCACUUACACUGAGCAAAUUGCCCUGAUAAAUCACCUUGACAAGUUCGUGUCAGAGCACAAAGAUGUUAAAGUCAUUAUUGUUGACAGUAUUACUUUCCAUUUCCGUCAAGACUUUGAUGAUUUGGCUCUUAGAACUCGAGUGCUUAGUGGAAUGGCUUUAAAGUUGAUGAAGCUUGCAAAAAAAUUUAAUUUGGCGGUUGUUUUAUUGAAUCAGGUAACCACCAAGUAUACAGAAGGUUCCUUCCAGCUAACUCUUGCAUUGGGUGAUAGCUGGUCUCAUUCUUGCACCAACCGGAUUAUUUUGUACUGGAAUGGGAACGAACGCCAUGCUUAUGUUGAUAAGUCACCUUCCCUUCGAUCAGCAUCGGCCCCGUAUUCUGUUACUGGUAGGGGGAUCAGGAAUUGUGUCUCAAACUGUAAACGAGUCAGAAUGAUGUAAGCUUUGGAAUAUGUCUUUGAUGAUUCUGCGCCAACCAAGUGACCCUACAUAUUGAAGUAUCGUCAUCUCUGUUCUUAGCUUCAGAAUAAUGAUAAGUUUGCUAAAGUUGAUACAGUCUGGAAAUGGGAAAUGAUCAGUUACAUGAUACAUUCACCACCCUUGGUGUCAAUAGAGAAGCCAUAACAUAACCAGUUGCUUGACUGGAGUCUUUCCAGAGUUCAGCUCUAGCCUAUAUGAGUUUUUUUCUUUAAUUUUGGUGUUAAUGGGUUUAGACUUUUUGCUGCAUUACUCUACUUUCUGUACAAGUCCUAGUUUAAUUUUUUCAUAUUAAUUUUAACAUGCAUAAUUUGUCGAAGCUCAAAGGAUAACCUGAGGCUCAAAACCACGAAACGGGAGUCCUGUAAAGUGGACGACGGCAUCAUGCCACUGGACUGCGCCAACCAAGGUAUGGGCCUAUGUGAGUGUUAUUCUAUUUUCCUUGGACCUGAUUUUUGGGCUGAUAUAUCCUCUAUCUGCUGCCUAAGCAUUGGAUCCCACGUCUGAGUUUUGGCUCUAUAGUUAAGUUGCAUUGGAUCUUAUGCCAGUUUUGUUGUGAUGUCAGAACGUCUAAUGUAGUCCUGAAACGUUUUCAGGUCAAACAUAUUGAAUGUGAACCCAUAAAUUAAUUAGUUUAGUUGCAUUAUUGGAGGAAGGAAA